AAUGCUCUCGCUAUCAGUUUAUCACCAUAGACACAUUGCUCUGCUUUUAUGCACAUAUUAGGAUUAAUAUUUUUAUUUUUUACAAGAUAAUUUAUCAUUGAAAGAAUAUCGACUCCUGAGAUAUUUGUAAGCUAUUUUAAUAGUUGCACUUAGUUGCAAACAACUGAAUAAGUAAUCUCAAGCAGCAUAGAUAACUUCUUGCAAUGGGCUUGCACGUUUUCUGGCCUGCCUCGGCCUGCCUGACCCUCUUCGUAGUUUGUGUCAUAAUCGUGCUUCUGAAAUAUGGCGCACGUUUCUGCCAACUACGACACGAACCAUUGCCAUCUGAUCAGGAAUGGGAAGGUAAAACAUAUUCUAGAAAAUUGUCCGCUUCCGUGUGAACAAAUAGCAUUGUCCCAAAAAAGUUGCAUCUAAAUCUUUUAUUUUUUAACAAAAAUUACAAAUAGCUAAUAUAUUAUUGUCGAUUAGAAUUUCCGCUACCGUAUAGAUCGGCAUGGAUAUCAAUUAUUUUCAAAAUUUUUAUAACUAUCCUUUUUCCGGGACACACAUCUCAUAUAUAUUAUAUAGAGACAGUAUUAGUCAUAUAAAAACGACACAUUCCGUCCAUUUACUGCACAUUUGUACUAAUUUUUUAUAUAUAUAUAUGUAUUUUUUUAUAUAUUAGUAUAUAGACAUAUGAACGUGUAUGUCCUCGGAAAUCAGUGUAAUACGAUUGUUCGAAAAGGAAUUUUUAUAUACUAAACCAAUCUAAUUAUUUUUAUCUCUAUAAUAAGACGUCAUUAUGAGAGAAAAUUAAUUUUAUAUCCGUCCAAAUCUCUCUCUCUUGAUGUCAUUUGAUAUAUCUUUAUUCGAAAUGAUAUAAUAAUAUCGAUAAUCUCGAGUACUUUUGUAAUUUUUGUAUUAUUAAUACAUUUACAAAUAAAAAAUGUAAUGAAAAUCUUUCCAUCUCUAUAUCACUUUGUAAAAAUUGAUUGUUCCAAUUCGGAUUAAUGCACAAUUUGAGAAUAGACUCUCACUCUCUUGUAUAUAUAAUAUUUUACUUUUAUUGACAACAUUGGAUUUUUGUUACAUGUGUAAUGGUUACACAAUUAUUUCAAUAAGUAAGUAGAUGCAUUAUACAAUCUUUAUAGUAGUUUUUAAAGAAAAUUACCGACUUUACGUGGAGAGAGAGCUACAAUACAUCUUAUUCAGAACUGUCCUAAAUAAACAUGGUCUGAAUGACCGAAUAAAAUCAAAGUAAUGAAACCGCGCGAAACAAAUACAUUCAACAUUUAUCUCUCUCUCUCUCUCUAAAUUG